AUGAAAAUCACAAACAAUCUUGCUCUUAUCGCUUUUGCAUCCCAAGUCUUGGGUUCUCCGCUGGGAAAUCGUUCCCCAGAAAGUAUCGAGGCUCGCGCUGAUGACACUGCGGAGCCUGGUAGAGUAGGUUGGCUGGUUGAAGAUAGACGUCGAAGCGAGGACACUGCGGAGCCUGGUAGAGUAGGUUGGCUGGUCGAAGAUAGACGUCGAAGCGAGGACACUGCGGAGCCUGGUAGAGUAGGUUGGCUAGUUGCCGACAAGUCUUAG